GGCGCUGGCAGUGGCUGGAGAAGGACGCGGAUUCCCAGCUCCUCUCCCUGGGGCUUCCUGCCUUUAUUUGGGAAAAGCAAGGUGCUGCGGGACAGCGGAGAGGUGCUGGAGGAGCAUCCCGGCGGGGAGCGAGCCCUCCAUCCCUGCUGUUGGCUGCGGGGCCGGGCCAGGAGUGAGAUGUGCGGCCGGGAGCGGGGCCGAUGCAGCGGGAGCCGGGAGCGGGGGAGAUGAGCCGGGAGCGGGAUGAUGGAAUGGGUGACGUCAUCAGGAAAGCAUCCCCGCCGCCCGCGGAGGGCAGCUAUAAAAAGGCCCAGAAGAAUGAGCGUGAGUCCAUCAGGCAGAAGUUGGCUCUGGGCAGUUUCUUCGACGAUGGCCCCGGGCUCUACACGAGCUGCAGCAAGAGCGGCAAGCCCAGCCUGUCCUCCCGGUUACAGAGUGGGAUGAACCUGCAGAUCUGCUUUGUCAACGACAGCGGCAGUGACAAGGACAGCGAUGGCGAUGACAGCAAGACAGAGACCAGCCUGGACACGCCCUUGUCACCCAUGAGCAAGCAGAGCUCGUCCUACUCGGACAGAGACACGACGGAGGAGGAGUCGGAGUCCCUGGAUGACAUGGAUUUCCUCAGCAGGCAGAAGAAGCUCCAGGCUGAAGCCAAGAUGGCCUUGGCUAUGGCCAAGCCCAUGGCCAAGAUGCAGGUGGAGGUGGAGAAGCAGAACAGGAAGAAGUCGCCGGUAGCAGAUCUCCUGCCACAUAUGCCUCAUAUAAGUGAAUGCCUGAUGAAGAGAAGUUUAAAACCUACUGACCUAAGGGACAUGACCAUUGGGCAGCUACAGGUGAUAGUCAACGACCUGCACUCACAGAUAGAAAGCUUGAACGAGGAGCUGGUGCAGCUGCUGCUGAUCCGGGACGAGCUGCACACGGAGCAGGACGCCAUGCUGGUGGACAUCGAGGACCUCACCAGGCACGCCGAGAGCCAGCAGAAGCACCUGGCAGAGAAGAUGCCAGCCAAGUGAAUCCCUCCUCCUGCCUCUGUCCUGUCCAGGGAGUUCCAGUGUUGCUCAUUGACCAUGUCCCAAGCUUUCUGUCUGGUGAUUGGCCUCUGCUUCUUAAUUUAUUUUAAUUUUUUUACUUGUGCCACUAAAUAUCAGGCAUUUUAAUAAUAAUAAUAUUAUUAUUAUUAUUACAGAAACAAAGAGAAUUGUACAGUACUUAUAACAUUAUAAAUCAUGGGCGAGAAGAGAGGGUAGUUUAACUUUAUUUUUUGGUUGUUUAGAGAUUUUUUGGGUUGGAUGAUAUUUUACCAUUGACUACUUUUUUAUUCCUCACUGUAGUUUUGAAAUAAAGAACCUGUUCUUGAAGGUGCUAUACAAGUCAACAAAAAAUCCAUGCCUGCCUCGUAGUGACGUCGUAGCUUUCAGUAAUCUGUACAUUUUACUCAGUUCUCAGCAUUUUGGGGAAUGUUGACUACCUGACAUUCAUUUUAGGUGUGCUAUUAACACUCGGUGGGGUGCAGAGAGUUGGAAGUUUUCUGUAUAAAGCUGUAAAAUAAAAAUUACCACCAUUGUUUCCUA